GGAGAGAGGGGGCCGGGGGUGGGGGCCUGAAAGGAUUCUCCUGCCAGGUUUAAAGGCGUCUCUGGAAAAUUAGCAAAACUGAGUGGUGACGGGGAAGCCAACAGUUUGCGAAGCAGGGAAGCAGGCAGGGCCGGGGUGAGGGAAAUGAGCUAGAAUUGAUAAGGACAGCUCCCGCCUCUGCCGAGUCCACUGAGCUGGUCCUCACCGCGCUCCACUGCACUUUCCCGGGAGAAGAAAGGGCUUUAUCUGCUACCUCAGACUAGUAGCCUAGGAGUUUCUCGGGGCAGCACGGAUAAUCGAAGGUCUUCCCAGCUUUUGGAGGGCUAAGAAUCGCCCACCCGCACGCUUGUCGGGUCCCCUUUCCUACCCCCUAAACUGGACCAACUGCGAAAAGCAAAGCUGCAGGCACAAGUUGACCUGGAACCUCCGCCGACGGUCGCCUCUGCGCUCUCCGGGAACCCCCGGCUCCCCACCCCCCGGCCUUUCCCUUUCUCGGGCCCGGCAUGGACACAAGCCCACGAGGUGUCUCGGCCUCCGUCGCCACUUUGCCGUCGCUGCUGCUACCCCUGUCGCUGCCAAGAGCCGAGCCAGGGUGGUUUUAGGAAAGUUGGAGGAGGGUUUAAAGCCAGGUGCGCCGAGUCAGCUCGCCAUGUCCAGAUCCGGGGACAGGACCUCCACCUUCGACCCCAGCCACAGCGACAACCUGCUGCACGGCCUCAACCUGCUGUGGAGGAAGCAGCUGUUUUGCGACGUGACCCUGACGGCCCAGGGCCAGCAGUUCCACUGCCACAAGGCCGUGCUGGCCUCCUGCUCGCAGUACUUCCGAUCGCUCUUCUCCAGUCACCCCCCUCUCGGGGGAGGGGUCGGCGGCCAGGACGGCCUGGGGGCCCCCAAGGACCAGCAGCAGCAGCCGCCGCAGCAGCAGCCUCCACAGCAGCAGCAGCCGCCGCAGCAGGAGGAGCCCGGGACUCCUUCCUCCUCCCCCGACGACAAGCUGCUGACCAGUCCCCGGGCCAUCAACAACCUGGUGCUGCAGGGCUGCUCUUCCAUCGGGCUGCGCCUGGUGCUCGAGUACCUCUACACGGCCAACGUGACCCUCUCCCUGGACACGGUGGAGGAGGUGCUGUCGGUCAGCAAGAUCUUGCACAUCCCCCAGGUCACCAAGCUCUGCGUGCAGUUCCUCAACGACCAGAUCUCGGUGCAGAACUACAAGCAGGUGUGCAAGAUCGCCGCGCUGCACGGCCUGGAGGAGACCAAGAAGCUGGCCAACAAGUACCUGGUGGAGGAUGUGCUGCUGCUCAACUUCGAGGAGAUGCGCGCCCUGCUGGACUCGCUGCCGCCCCCCGUGGAGUCGGAGCUGGCGCUCUUCCAGAUGUCCGUGCUGUGGCUGGAGCACGACCGCGAGACCCGCAUGCAGUACGCGCCCGACCUCAUGAAGCGCCUCCGCUUCGCGCUCAUCCCGGCCCCGGAGCUGGUGGAGCGGGUCCAGUCAGUGGAUUUCAUGCGCACCGACCCGGUCUGCCAGAAGCUGCUGCUGGACGCCAUGAACUACCACCUGAUGCCCUUCAGGCAGCACUGCAGGCAGAGCCUGGCCAGCAGGUAG